CGAUCUGCACGCCACUCAGCUGACUGGGGAGAUCCCUGCUGCCCUCGGCAAUGCCACCGCCCUCUCAUACCUCGAUCUCUCCUCCAACGCUUUGAACGGCAGCCUGGGGUUUCUUGCCUACCUGCCCUCCUUGCAAUACCUUAAUCUGGAGGACACUGAGCUGACCGGGGAGAUCCCAGCCGCCCUCGGCAAUGCCACCGCCCUCUCAUACCUGUCCCUUGGAGGUCUCAACCUCACAGCAGGGCAGCUCCCUGCCUCUCUCUCCGCCCUCACUAAUCUCACUUACCUGGACCUGAGCUAUCUCGAGUUCACCAGCGUGCCAUCGUGGAUCGCACGACUCCCCCACCUGCAGUUCCUGGAUGUGACAGCACCCAUCGGCCUCACCCCCGCCCGCUCCUCGCCCUUUCCAACCGACUUUACGAAUCUCACCAGCCUGAACUCCCUGAGGGCAGCGAGCAACGGCCUCUCGGGCUCCCUCCCCGCCGCCAUCUCCGCCCUCACCGCCCUCUCAGAGCUAGAUCUCGCGUAUAACAGACUCGCUGGCUUCCUCCCUGCCCUCCCUUCCACUCUGCUUCGUCUCUCGCUGAGGCACAACGCCCUGGAGGGCCCCAUCCCCUCUUUUGCUGCACCGGGACUCAAAGACUUGGAUCUGAGCCACAACCGGCUGACAGGGCCCAUCCCAGCAUCCUUCACAGCCCUCACCUCCCUCACCACCGUGGAUAUCAGCCACAACGCUUUCUCAGGCGGCGUGGACGUGUUGUCACGCAUGCCAAGCAUCUCCAACCUGAACAUCGGAUCGUGCAACUUCUCUGGCCCCUUCCUCUCAAACCUCACCUAUGUCUUCCCUUUCUAUGUCAACCU